CGGAGAGUCCUUUCAAGUUAUCUCCCUUUGUUGUUUCGUCGAGCUGUGUUCAAUGAGCGGAAUGUUUACAGCUGGUUAUUGGUUUAAAAACAUUGUGUCAGCCAGUGUUUGUCAAAGUUUGAUGAGAAUAAAGUUCAUGAUAGAAAACUUGCCAUCGCCAUGGCCUGUGAGGAAGAGCAGUCUUAUGCUGACGUCCUGAGGCGAGCAUCAUGUCCAGUUGUAUUCUCUGGACUGAUAAACCAUUGGUCCUCCCUUCACUGGACGCCAUCUCAUCUCGCCCAGGUGCUGCAGGGAAAGACCUACAGGUGCAAAGUUGCACCUAGGAAAAGCACAGAAAAGGUGUGGGAGACUGACUGUGUUCACAUAGAGGCAUCUCUGGCAGACUUCGCUGACUGGACAGCUGGGAAAACAAGGGGAGGUAACCCCCUCUGCCAUGUCUCACUCGAGGACUUCUCCUGCUAUGUGGACUACAAGUACAUGUCUGACAUGUUUGAGGACUGCAGUGACUUGUUGAAGUCCGCGGACUGGUCAGUGUUUGGUCUGAGUGGACGUGAUGGAAAGGACAGCACCAUCUGGAUAGGAAGUGGGGGAGCCUCUACACCAUGCCACUAUGACACAUACGGCUACAACCUGGUGGCACAGAUCCAUGGCAGAAAGAGAUGGCAUCUGUUCCCACCCUCCUCCACAGAGGCUCUGUAUCCAACACGUCUGCCCUAUGAAGAGUCUAGUGUCUUCAGCGAGGUGAAUGUUGGACAGCCUGAUCUCAGUAAACAUCCCCUGUUCAAGGAGAGCCAAGCUGUGGUGGUGACGCUGGAGCCAGGCCAGGUGCUGUAUGUGCCCCGCCACUGGUGGCACUACGUGGAGUGUCUGCACACCGCCAUCAGCAUCAACACCUGGGUGGACGUGCCAAAUGAUGAUGAAAGUCGCCUGAGCGAGUCUGUGACCCGAGCCACCAUUUCGUGUCUUGUCAACAGUGACGUGGGAGCCUAUCUGGAACACUGGAUUAACCCUGGCGAGCAAAUAAUGCCGAUGGAUGUUAACCUGACAUAUGUGGAACGAUGCCUCCACUCACAAGCAGACAGGUCUGUUAUUGACAACCUGGAAGCCAAUGGGAUUGCUUCUGAAGACAAUUUGCAGAAAUUCCUGCAGCAUUUCAAGACAAAACAGUUUGAUAUGGUACAUGCACCAUGGCACAUCCCUGGUGGGGCCUCUAUAGUGAAGAUGAGGCAGCACAACAGGGACACCUGCCUUCACGACCAGGCCAGGGUUAGAGACCUGAAGAGACACAAAAUGUCUGUUAAUCAGUCAGAGGUUGAGAUGAAUAACCUUAAAAGAAAAAAAACAAAUGAGAAAUGUAUAGAUGAAAUACCUGGUGUUGUUCAUAAGGAAAAUAUAGAUGAUAGAAGCCUGGAUGACUGGAAGAAGGCUAGACUUGCUUCAGGGCCUCUGUGUGAAUGUAAGGACAGUGUUCAAUCAACAUGUGGUAUAUUUGCCUUACAGACCAGUUGUUUUGACACGUAUUUCAACCUUGUGCAUGAAUCAAGGACCAAGGUGAUAGAUAGUGUGGGUGGCUUGGAGGUAGGAGACAUUCAGGACAUGGUUGGGAUAGGGGAUGAGGACACUGUAAGCCUUUUGAUGGGACAUCAAUCAGAGGGUGACACCAGUGCAUCUGUGCGUGCCACACACCAGACAGAGGGUGACACCACUGCUUCUGUGCGUGCCACACACCAGACAGAGGGUGACACCAGUGCGUCUUUGUCUGCCACACACCAGACAGAGGGUGACGCCAGUGCGUCUUUGUCUGCCACACACCAGACAGAGGUUGACACCAGUGCGUCUGUGCAGGACUCAGCAGAAACCCAAGAGUCAGAAUCAGUGGAUCAUGAAACAGUGGAUCAUGAAACAGUGGAUCUUUCAACUAUGAAAGAAAUCUUCUUUAGGAGUCUUCUUCAUCCGAGAGUGAUGAAGGCAUUUGAAGAAGAACUUACUAAAAAUUAUAAGUCACUGAUGAAAUAAAGUCAGUUCUACUCUG